CUGACGUCAGGGGCGCCGCGGCGCAGCAGCGGCGGCUGGCUCCGCCCGGCGGCAGUCGGAGACUCGUGCCCGUACCACGGUAGUGCGCGUCGCCCGCUGAGCCCCCGCCCCGGGUCGCCGGACGACUGCCCGAUGGAUUACGGUCGCGCGUUGGGUCUUGGAUACCGGCGGCCUCCCAGCUGCGCCUGAUCGCCCUGUCAUGGAGCGGCUCGCGGACGUAGAACCGGGCUUCGAGCCGCAGACUCGUGCCCGGUCUAACACUUGGCCGCUACCGCGGCCCGACAACUACGUCGACGACAAGCCGGGGGUCGCGCAGGACGGUUUCGCCGAGGCGGCCCCCAAGAAGAAUUCGUCCCGUCGCAAUGCCUGGGGCAACAUGUCGUACGCGGACCUUAUCACGCAAGCCAUCCAGAGCUCGCCGGAGAAGCGGCUCACGCUGUCGCAGAUCUACGACUGGAUGGUGCAGAACGUGCCCUACUUCAAGGACAAGGGCGACAGCAACAGCUCGGCCGGCUGGAAGAACUCGAUCCGGCACAACCUGUCGCUGCACAGCCGCUUCAUGCGCGUCCAGAACGAAGGGGCCGGCAAGAGUUCCUGGUGGAUGCUCAACCCGGAGGCCAAGCCAGGCAAGGCGGCUCGCCGCAGGGCCACCUCCAUGGAGACCCCGCGCUACGAGAAGAAGCGCGGGCGGCUCAAGAAGAAACUGGAGGCCUUGAGGGCCUCGCCUAGCCCCUCGUCUUCCGAGGGACCCCUGGACCCGUUCCCCGAGUCGCCCCCGCCGCGGCUCGAGCUCCAAUGCGGCCCGCUGGGGCCCGGUGGCUCCUCGCCGUCGGGCUGGCCACCGCUGGUCCAGCUAGACCGCUACGGUGCGGGCCCGCUGGCCGACACGCUCACGCAGUCCAUGACGCUGGGCGACCGCCACGAACCGCUGGGGCCCUCGCAGGUCAUGGGCCGCCUGCUCUCGUUCAACGACCCGCUGCCCCACGACUUGGACCUGGACCUUGACGCGGUGCAGGGCCUCCACUGCGACGUCGACCAGGUGAUCCAGCACGAGCUCAACGUGGACGGCAACCUCGACUUCAACUUCGACUCGCACGCCAGACCCUGGGUCCACUGACACUCUAGUCCCCGUGCCAAGUACCGUGUACAUAGACCCCCCUGUACAUACGCCAAGCCGUGCCUCGUGAGCGGCCAGUCCGUCCACGCGCGGAGAACCACUUGUUACGACGUUUGCUUGCGUCUCGUUGUGUACAUACGCCCUCUAGCUGUUGUACCAUCUAAUAAAGUACUCUUUGUUGCCCAA